UAUCGUAUUGGGUGAAUUUUCCCACAAUAGAAAAUAGAAUUACACGUUGGUUUUAGCAAAAUUUAGAGAAGAAGACAACUGAAGCACCGACCGACACAAGUUUUGGAUCUCAAAUUGUGUCUGCGCCGGCGUUGUUUGGAACACUCUGAACAAGAUAGGAUCUUUGAGAUCUCUUGCCAAUUUCUGGCUUUAUGCUCAAGAAAAAUCGAAACUUUGGAAAAAGUUCUGUAGAGUGGGAUGGUUUUUGGAACUUGGGAGAGGUUAAUGAACUGGAUCUAAAUAGGUCCAAGCUUGUCAUGCAGCUGGGAAAAAGAAAAGGUUUAAUAUACAGUUAUUAGAAACAUCAAAGUUUCUUUUGUGUUUUGUCGAACAAGGAGAUGAUGCGGUACAAAGAGGAGAAAGAGGUGAAGAAGGAAGCUUUCAGGAAGUAUUUGGAGUCCAGUGGAGUUCUUGAUUCUCUUACCAAAGUUCUGGUUUCUCUGUAUGAGCAGAAUGACAAGCCUUCCUCUGCUUUAGACUCCUCAGGUUAUUUUUCGGUGAUUUUCUUCAGAUUCAUUCAACAAAAGCUAGGUGGUCCUUCUGUCUCUGACUAUGAAAAGCUUCAAGCUGAGAAGUCUGAUCUUCAAAUAAAGUACAAUGAGCUUUUGGCUAAACAUCAGGAAACCCUGAGAGAGUUAAAUGGAGUGAAGAGCUUGCAUUCGCGAAACUCUUCAAAAGAUGAUGCAGACAGAGAGACCCUUGAAGCCGAACACUCGACCCUUGUCCCUCCUCACCAUUAAAUGUGCCCUUACUGUAUAUGUAAUUCCCAUUGUUUCGAUCUCCGUUUACGCAUUUACGGCAGCAACAGAAAGAAAAAAAGAACAAAACAAAACCACGCAUAGAUGAGUUUUCCCGGCAACAAUGAUCAUUUAUUUGUUUAAAUCUCCAUUUGCUCUCUUUCAUUCAUCUACAUCACCAGUGUUUUGGAGUUUUAACGUUAUAAAUUCUUCGGUUAACAGUA